AAGUACUUCAACUGCAGUUAUAACCGAUAAUGAGUUUUUAUUUAUUAGUUUCGAUCAGAUCAACAAAAUGACGCCAACUGUCUAUAUCGUUUUGUUUUUCAGCUCUUUUUGCUUAGUUACGAGUGCAAACGAUUCCAUUACUCCAAUAGUAUUAUGGCACGGAAUGGGUGACAGUUGCUGCUUUCCCUUCAGUCUGGGUGCUCUUAUGGAAAAACUGAACGCCUCUUUACCAGGAGUUCACACCGUUUCCAUUCGGAUCGGUAACAACGUGAUAGAAGACAUGGAAAAUGGUUUUUUCAAACAUCCGGAUAAACAAAUCCAAGAGGCUUGUGCUAUCGUUGGUGCAGAUCCUCUUCUUGCUGAAGGAUUCAAUGCAAUUGGUUUAUCUCAAGGAGCUCAGUUCUUGCGAGGACUAGUUCAGAGAUGCCCACAGGCGAAAAUCAAGAACUUGAUUUCUCUAGGUGGUCAACACCAAGGAGUGUACGGUCUUCCUCGAUGUGGAUCGCUCAUAGCUGAAGUGUGUGAUUUCGUUAGAAGAUUAUUGAACCAUGCCGCUUACGUACCUGAAGUACAAAAAAUGUUGGUACAAGCUACGUUUUGGCAUGAUCCCCUCAACGAAGAAACAUACAAAGACCACAGUACAUUUCUGGCCGACAUCAAUAACGAAAAGAUAGUCAAUUCUGAAUAUAUUCGCAACCUCCAGUCCCUACAAAACUUCGUAAUGGUUAAAUUCGAAAAUGACAGCAUGGUCGUACCUGUAGAAUCGGAAUGGUUUGGAUUUUACAAACCUGGACAGUCUGUUGAGACCGAAAGUUUGCAAGAAUCUGACAUAUUUAUAGAUGAUCGGUUGGGACUGCAAAAAAUGAGCGACGACUCCAAGCUCCACUUUCUGUCAGUUGAAGGGGAUCAUCUGAGAUUCAAAUGGGAAUGGUUUGAGGAAAACAUUCUGGAACCAUUCUUAAAGGACUGAUUCUCGGCUGAAUUUCAAACUGCACGCAAAAAAUUUAGUAGUACCCGAAAUAAUUUAUAUUUCAUUGACUUCAUACUCAGUUCUGUCAAAAAUUCAAUACAUACUUAUUCAAUAAAUUAUUUUUAUUGUGAAUCAGAAACGGAUGUGAUGCUUUUAAAAAAUCACCAAAUUAUUUAUGAGUUUCUACCAAAUUUAACCAAUGAAAAAUACUAUAUGUUCCUAUUUUACUGAAAUGAUCAACACAUUGUAUAAAAUGUUUAAUUCAUGUAAUAAAAGUUCUUUUAUUUUUCCUCA